CGCAUUCGCCUUCGGUGCAUACAUAUCUUUCAUUUGCGAGAAAUUAGCCGAAUCACCGCAGUUGCAUAAAUAUCUAUUGUUACCUGUGCGUCGAAGUGUGGUCCUUGAGAUAUAUAAAUAUUUCUGUUGCGCCUCAUUCUUCGUUGAUAAGCAGGUGCGAUAGGCGCUUGCGAUUUAAUAUUAUUCUACACUGCCGAUAAAGCAUGUCUUUCAAUAGGCAGAUAGGCAACCCGACUUACUGAUGUGUAGGUUUAAGCAAUGAUGUUUAAGCAAGUAAUAAUAAAAAACAAACUAAAAAGGUAAUUAGGUAAACUCAUAUUUCAAGAUCGUCUCAAAUAAUGUCUUAAGAUGCGGUAUGAUUGAUCCACCUUAAAAUUAUCCUUAAGACGAUCUUAAAUAUAAGAACAAACUAUAAAUGCCAGCCUAAAUAAACAAUUUAGUUUAUAGAUCUUAGGAAAUGCAUAAGCUUUCUGCAGUAAAUCUUUUUAUACGUAAACGUAAAUCUUUUUUACGUAAUGUUUUAUUGCUUUUAUUUUACGAGCAAAUUAAGUACAUUUUUUAUAAAGGUAUUAGUCGAAUUCUUUUUACGUUAUAUAUAAUUAUAUAGGAAAAAUUGUUUACUAAAAUGUAACUAUGUACAUAUCUUCAAUGACAUAUCUUAUCGUGUUAUGUUAUCUUUGUCUUGUUAUCAGGCAUGAACUGGCUUGUGCUAACGCAAGUAAUCGAGGUUUUAGUUCGAACAAUACAUGAGGCAUGAUAAGUAGUUUUGCUAAGUAUUCGAUUAUCAGAAAGUAGUUUAUACAAAUGAUAAUACCCUACAUCGCUGUGUUCGUUAAUAGAUCGUUUAAUAGACCGUUGUCUAUUAAAUUUUUUUAUCCGAUUGAAAAUUAGUGUGAAUCUUCGAAAUUUUAAUUAACAGAAGGCUUUUUGCAAUUUCAAUUUUAUUAUUAGAAGAAAUAUAUUUUGAAAUACAAUUCACCUAGAAAUAGCAACACGUCUGUAUUGUUACUGACAUGUUCAAUGCAUCAUAAUAUGUAUUACUAUUGCAACAACUGAGUUUAUUGGCAAAUUAAUGCCAUUACAAUAUUACAAUUUUGGAUAGUAAUUUGUCAGCAACUUAGAAAUCGUCAUUAUCAACAUUCGUGCUAUUACCUCGUAACACGAGAGAACUUUAAUAAGCCAUACUAGUGGAACGCUUCACGAUUUUGCGUGUAAUCCUUGCGCAGGGGCUAUGCUAAUCUUCUCUGUAUCGUUCCAAUUUUAGUAUAUAAACUGCCGAAGCAAGUACAAUAAGUUAUAUUAGUAUUAUCUUAAGUAUUAUCUGCAUGUAAUAUUAUCUUAAAACAUUGUUUAAGACAGCCUUAAAAUAAAAUUCGAUUAUAAAUAUCAACUAUAGACUUUCUCAGCACUUCUAAAAAAUAUUUAUGUAACAAAUUAAAAACAUUUUUUUUUAAUUAUAACAAUAAUUUUGGAAACACUCUAAAUUAAUUUUACAUAGAAUUUUGAAAAAUGAUGUUAACAAUUUUAAGGAAACUUUACUGAGGAUCUUGACAAAUCAGUUUCUUUUUAUUUCUAUUUCUUUAUUAAAUAGCGCGAUGAAUUCAGCCUUACCGCGUGUUUUGGUGAUUAGUACUGAAGUACCUGUUGUCAGUAUUAAUUUGCUUCGCACAAAAUGCAACGUCAUUAUGAUACCGGCGGGAAGUAGUCGAGAACAAGUAUUGCAAGCUCUUCCUGGACAUGACGCUAUAUUGCUCGCUCGCGAUCGCUGUCGCCUCGCUAACCGUCAUAUUGUCAACACAGAAUUUCUAAACAUCGCAGGACCAAAUUUAAAAGUUGUCCUGACAAUGUCAGCAGGUUACGAUCAUUUAGAUGUUCCAGAAAUUAAAAGGAGAGGAAUUAAAGUCGGACAUACGCCUGUGCAGUCCGCUGCAGUUGCGGAAAUCGCAGUGCUCUUGCUGCUGUCCGCGGCGAGACGCGCUCAUGAGAGUCGCAUGAUGGUGAAAGAAGGUAACUCAAAAUCUGGACUGCAGUGGUUAUUGGGACAAGAUUUACGAGGUUCUACAGUCGGCAUUUUUGGUUUAGGAAAUAUUGGUCAAGAAACAGUUAAAAGAUUAAUGGGAUUUGGAGUAAAACGCUUUAUUUAUACCGGACAUUCGCGCAAAAAAGCAGGUGAUGAACUUGGAGCAACGUUUGUAUCUCUGGAUGAGCUUCUGGAGCAAAGUGAUUUUCUUGUGAUUACGGCGUCUCUGACUAACGAAACUCAAGGAGUUUUCAACGAUAGCGUUUUUGACAAGAUGAAGAAAACGGCCGUCUUGGUGAAUGUAUCUCGUGGUCAAAUUAUCAAUACUGAUUCACUUGUGAGAGCUCUGCGCAAUAAAAAGAUAUUCGCUGCUGGUCUAGACGUCACGGACCCAGAACCGCUGCCAUCAGAACACGAACUUCUAAAACUAUUUAAUGUCGAAAUUAUGCCACACGUAGGCAGCGCGACGAUCAAAACCUUCAACGAUAUGUCGAUUUGCGCAGCGCAAAGUAUACUUAACGGUCUUGAGGGCAAACCUUUGAUUUAUCCUCUAUAAUAAUCAAUAUUUCUUACAUAUGCGUGUGCAAUUCCUUACAUUUAUUUUACUUAUUUAAAAAUGUUAUUACAAACAAUUAUUUAUUCACGCACAAUUAAUAAAAUCCUUUUUGAUUCUUCUGCUUUUUGCAAAGGUUAUAAA